AUGUUUGGCUUACAACAUUUUGGAAUGAUAUCGUUCGACUCAAAUAACGAUAACGGCAUAUUUCAAAUUGCAUACUCUGUUUUUUUGUUUACCACCGGCAUAUCUCUUAUUGUCGGGUUUCCUUUGGUAAACGAUAAGUUCGACGACUGGUCAAAGGCGUUCUCCAUGUCUUUGACGGCGGUAACGUGUAGCUCUGGGAUCAUAACUUCAUUGAUAUCAAGAAUGGUCGUUAUAUACAACGUCAAGUUUAAAUAUCAAAAGUAUAAGACGACAUUAGAGGGAUUCGAGAUUUACAUACCAAUGAACUCCGUCGCCUCGAAACACAUCAAGUAUUUUUCUUUCUCCGUGAUUUUCUUGUGCAUGAGUCUUAUUAUACCCUCAAAUGCCCUAAGGUUGAUUUACAUAUUUAAUAAUCACGUUAAUCCCUUUUUAAUGACGACAUUUUUUGGUUUAUAUUACUGUCACAACCUGAGCAUGGUGUGCACUGAAUUGCAUUUCGCAAUCCAGUGUUUUGUGGUGUACACGAAGUUUCGAGAUAUAAACGAGAAGUUAAUUAAAAUAAACGAUGAAAAGAAAAACUACAACUACAAUGUACGAUAUUCGUUAACUGGAAGCCAAGUGGUGACUCCGAGGAGUAGUGACGAAACGUCAUCGGCCCGUGUGAUCAUAUAUGAAAAAGAUUUUUACUGUCCAAAGGACAAAAGUUUCCCAUUGGCGAAUACUUUAGAGCUGUUUAGAAUUGGACACUGGCUAUCCAGAGAAGCUAUCAAUGACAUUAAAUAUUUAUUUGGCUUUCAAAUGGGCAUGUCUAUCUUAAUUGUAGCCAUUACGUCAUUAUUCGACAUAUAUACGGAAUUAUUUUAUUCGUACACAAGCAGUUCGUUUAGUCAACCAGUAAUCCGAACAAGAAUUCUAUUCAUUUUGUGGAUACUACAAUACUCCAUAAGGCUUGGCCUUAUAAUUAUCACAGCACACACUACAGUACAGCAGGCGGUUAAAACCAAAACGUUAAUUACGGAAAUGAACAAUCGACACACAGAUAGUAAUACGAAAGAAGAGCUACAAUUAUUUUAUAAUCAAUUAUCUAUCUGUUCACCGGAAUUCACCAUUUUCGACAUUUUGACCUUAAACAAUAGUCUCAUAACUUCGGUAAGUAAUUAG